ACAGCUCCCCUCCCUGGGGGCUCCAGCACAGCCGUGCUGAUGCCCAGCCUGACUGUUGGCUGAGUGGAGAAGGGCAGUGUGCAGGCAGUACCUGGUACCAGUCUUGCUCCAGCUGUCUCUGCGGCAUCAGCCCCAGCAUGAGUCCAUCAGUAAAGAAGAGACCUGAGAUUAGAGUGAUUUCCAAGAAGCAAGAUAAGGAGUCACAGGACAUUGUACAGAAGCCAGUCAGCACAGUAAUUGAGCGGAACCGACUUAAAAUGGUGAUAAAAAACUUGUCGCUCCUGAAAGUACUCAAGAGUUCAAACCCCCGGAUCCAAGAAAUGCACACCCUGGCCAAAAGGUGUUGGGAGUCACUGAUCAGAGUCCCAAGGACCCCCCGGAUCUCCUCCAGGACUGAGGUCCACAAGAACGUGAAACAAAAUAAUGCAGUGCUCCAAGGAGCCAUGUGCCCCAAGAAGAAACUGAGGUUCAAAGGGGAGACUGAGGAGCCUGAGGGAUCAAAGCCCAAGGAGAAAUGGGGGAAGAGGAAUAAGACAAAGGAGUCGCCUGCUGUAGAGCCACAGAAAGAAGAGCAGGUGGAACUUGAGGUCCCAAGGACAUCACGGGAUCGUGAUCUGAUCACUAGCCCUGGAGCCCAGGGUAGGAGACCACCGCUUAGGGACCCCCGAGUCGUCUUCCUGAAGAUCCACCGGCACAGAACCCCCAAGUGGGACCCGAAGCAGCCAGAAGAGGCUGGCCAGUGGAUCUGGUUUGAAGGGCUGCCCACACGUGUCCGCCUCCCGGGGCCCAAGGUGAUGUGCAGAUCGUCCACGCGGCGCUGGGUCAAGCGCUGCUGUACCCGCUUCUGCUCUGCAUCGCUGGAGCUGCCUAUGUGCCACCCCUACAGGGUGUGACAUGGCCACUGCCAGGCCAGGGUGCGCGACCCGGGCGCCCGCCGAGCCGCGAGGAGGGGCAGCGACCGCGAUCAACGGAGCCCCAGGGGGGUGGGA